AUGGCUUCCGUUGCCAUUUCUGCAUCACUGCACAGAGCUUGUAGCUUGAAUCAUGUCCCAAGGAGACAGCAACUCCGGCACUCAGUGGGGAUGAAGCAAGCAACCAAUGUGGUUACCGUGGAUGGGGAGGGUCCGGCGAAAGGGCUCAUGCUCAAUGUUACUGAACAUAAGGAUAAUGCAGCUUCAGGAGAAGAUAGAUUCAGGGUUGCUGGGGAUAAAUCAGAGGAGGGCCGGUCUUUAGAAUCCUCCGCUAUCAAAUUCAAGGACGAGCGAUGGACGAACGGUUCCUGGGAUCUGAACAUGUUUGUCAAGGACGGAAAGAUGGACUGGGAUGGAGUCAUUGUUGCCGGUGAGAGAUAA